AUGUCAUCGAACGCCUUCUUCAAACCAAUCAUUUACCCCGACCUGAAUCCCAUUGAAUCCAAACUCAUUUUUCCAGAUUAUGAAUCACCGGACUUCCAGAUGCUGAAAGUGGAGGACAUGAAGACCGAGGACCUGCAUUUGAACGCUAGGAAUGAGGAGGAGGAGAACGACGAAAAGCCUGAGGAAUUGGAACAGCUUCUGGCCUCUCCGGGCUUUUGCAGCAGCAGCAGCAGCUGGACCGACAUUUGCGGUCAGUGGAAUGAGAUCUGGAGUUGCACUUAA